AUGUACACCCAGGACUUCACACAACCUUCUCCUGACAAAUUACAGAUUGUUACCACAAAUACAGGUCAGAAAGGGGAUAAAAGGUUUCAAGGUGGUAAAGAGUGUACAGAACAAUCAAGACUUUCUACACACAGAAGAAUUCAGACAGCAGAGCAGGAAUGUGGGAAAUGCUUUACAAGUAAAACAGAUCUUGCUAAACAUAAGACAAUUCACACAGGAGAGAAGCCAUAUUCAUGUUCACGGUGUGGGAAAUGUUUUAUAGAAAAAAUCUCUCUUAUUAGACAUGAAAGAAUUCAUACAGGAGAGAAGCCAUAUUCAUGUUCAGAAUGUGGGAAAUGUUUUAGACAGAAAUCAAUUCUUGUUUCACAUCAGAGAUGUCACACAGAAGAGAAGCCAUAUUCAUGUUCAGAAUGUGGGAAAUGUUUUAGACAGAAAUCAAAUCUUGUAACACAUGAGAGAUGUCACACAGGAGAGAAGCCAUAUUCAUGUACAGAAUGUGGGAAAUGCUUUAGACAGAAAUCGGAUCUUACUAAACAUGAGAGAAGUCACACAGGAGAGAAGCCAUAUUCAUGUUCAGAAUGUGGGAACUGUUUUACACAGAAAUCAUAUCUGGUUAUGCAUGAGAGAAUUCAUACAAAAGAGAAGCCAUAUUCAUGUACAGAAUGUGGGAAAUGCUUUAGACAGAAAUCGGAUCUUACUAAACAUGAGAGAAGUCACACAGGAGAGAAGCCAUAUUCAUGUUCAGAAUGUGGGAACUGUUUUACACAGAAAUCAAGUCUUGUAACACAUGAGAGAAGUCACACAGGAGAGAAGCCAUAUUCAUGUUCAGAAUGUGGGAAAUGUUUUACACAAAAAUCAUAUCUGGUUAUGCAUGAGAGAAUUCAUACAAAAGAGAAGCCAUAUUCAUGUUCAGAAUGUGGGAAAUGUUUUACACAUAAAUCAUCUCUUGUUAGACAUCAGAUAAUUCACACAUAG